CAGGCUCUCGUCAUGGGCGCCUCGGCGCCCAUGCUGCGGCAGGCCAGGGGCUCCGCCAGGGCCGCGGGCCCCCUGGGCAGCCAAAAAGCCACGCGGACAGCGAUACCGGGUCUCAUCUCCGUGUCGCUGGGCGACGUCGCCGCCGCCCUGGCGGGCGCACAGCAGACGCAGCGGGCCGUGGCCGUGGCGCGGUUCUCCGCGGUGAACGGCAGCCUCUCGAGGAUGCUCUACGCGUCCGAGAGCAAGGGCGGCAUGUCCGGGCGGGACGCCCGGACGAUCCUGCACGCGGGGCCGCCGCGCGGGGCCCGGGCUCCCGAGGAGCCCGUGCUCGUGCUGCACGCGGCGCCGUGCGAGGCCCGCGCUCCCGAGGAGCACGGGUAGGGCCCGGGGAGGGUGCCGCGGCCUCUUGGGCGCGCACGAGGCCCCUCCUCCUCCUCCUCCUGCCUCCUCCUCCCUCCUCCUCCUCCU